AUGGAAAAGGCCCUCAGUGCCUGGAAAGUAGAAACAGAUAACAUAAAUAUUGAAAACAGUUUGGAAAUUGAGAUUGAAGGUCAAGAAUCAAAUUUUUCAAAAUUUUCUAUUGAAGAUUUAAAUAAUGUUGAAGACAAAUUAAAGAUUGACAAUAAGAAAUUGGAUGUUCAAAGAAAUUCAAGUGAUGUUGCAAAUAAUAUAACAGAAGCAGAUGAUAGAAGAUCAUCAAAUAUUAAUAAUUCAGAUAUGGGAAGAGAAUUAGAAUCUCCUCUUCCUAGUGAUUCAGCAUCUGCUGCAUCUGAACUUGUAUUUUCUGCAUUGUCUGCCUCUAGUGAUGAAGAAAUGCCAAAAUCUAAUCAUCAAAAUAAAAGAACCAAGAAAAGAAAAACAGCUGAAAAGGAUGCCAUAGAAAAAUUACUAGAAGCAGAGAAAAGAUCAUAUGAAUUACAAUGGAAGAAAUUACAGAUAGAAAUAGAAGUUGCAAAAUCAAUGAAGACAUUUUUUUCUUCUAUGGCAAACAUGAUGGACAGAAUUUUGAAACCACAGUCUUCCACUUCAGCACAACCUCCACAGACAUUUUCACAACCUUUUCAAAAUGCUAAUUGGACUAUUCCACCAGCUAAUUACUAUCCUUUUCCAUUUAUACCAAAUUAUUCUCACCCAAUGCCUUUUCCACCAUUUUAUCAAGCAUACACAAAUAACAAUCAAAACAAUUCUCAAAACAAUGAUAGAAACUGUUCAACUGAUGUAAAUAAUGUAUCUAAAGAAAGAAAUGAAGGAAAUAAAUCAUCAUAAAUUUA